GGACCUCUCCGGUUUCUCGGGGAACAGAUAGCUCGCUCCUUGGUGUCGGCCGCUACCAUGGAGGAAGCUCGUCUCCAGCGUGUGGGGCCGGUGUGGUGGGAGUUUCCCUUAGGACCUGGGGGUUCUCCGAGACUCGGGCCGGCGGUUCCGAGUAGGAGCAGGGGUGUCGGCGAGCCCAGGCGAGGCGCUGGCAGGAACGCGGGAGGCCGCCGCCAUCUUCCUCGCGCUGCGACCCCGGACUACACUUCCCAGAGGCCCCGGGAAAAAAAGGGCAGCCCCUGGGUUUGCCCGCGGGACCCUCGGCUCCCGGGAAGGUGGAAGUGCGCGGCGAGCGGCCUAGGGUGUGGGGGCUUCGCUCGGCUCCUCAGCUCCUUUCUUCUCAGAAAAGUGCCCAGAAGAAAGAGGAAUGGCUGUUGACCAAGCCAAAUACCAGGAGAACAGCCCUGAGGAGGACUAAUCAUCUCCUGCAAUGCCGAAAACCAUGGCUGAGGAGUCAGUGAUAUUCAGUGAUAUUUCUGUAGACUUCUCUCAGGAGGAGUGGGAAUGUCUGGAUCCUCCCCAAAGGGACUUGUACAGAGAAGUGAUGUUGGAAAACUACAGUAAUCUGGUUUCAAUGGGACUUUACAUUCCUAAGCCUCAAGUGAUUUCCUUACUGGCAGAGCCCUGGAUGAUUGGCAGAGAGCUUACAAGAGGCCUGUGUUCAGAUCUGGAAUCAAUGUGUGAAACCAAGUUAUUAUCUCUAAAGAAGGAAGUUUAUGAAAUAGAAUCAUGCCAGAGAGAGAUAAUGGGGCUUACUAAGCAUGGCCUUGAGUACUCCAGUUUUCGAGAUGUUUUGGAAUAUAGAAGUUACUUUGCAAGACAACUGGAAUAUCAGAAUGGGCAUUUUAGCCAAGAAAUACUCACUCACGAAUAUAUGCCUACAUUUGUUCAACAGACAUUUCUUACUUUACAUCAAAUAAUAAAUAAUGAGAAACCAUACGAAUGUAAGAAAUGUGGAAAGGUCUUUAAUCAGAACUCACAAUUUAUUCAGCAUCAGAGGAUUCAUAUUGGUGAAAAAUCUUAUGAAUGUAAGGAGUGUGGGAAAUUCUUCAGUUGCGGCUCACAUGUUACUCGACAUCUGAAAAUUCAUACUGGUGAAAAACCUUUUGAAUGUAAGGAAUGUGGAAAGGCCUUCAGUUGUAGCUCAUACCUUUCUCAGCAUCAAAGAAUUCAUACUGGUAAGAAACCCUAUGAGUGUAAGGAAUGUGGGAAGGCCUUUAGUUAUUGCUCAAAUCUUAUUGAUCAUCAGCGAAUUCACACUGGUGAAAAACCCUAUGAAUGUAAAGUAUGUGGAAAAGCCUUUACAAAAAGCUCACAACUUUUUCAGCAUGUGCGAAUUCAUACAGGUGAGAAACCAUAUGAAUGUAAGGAAUGUGGCAAAGCCUUCACACAGAGCUCAAAGCUUGUUCAGCAUCAGAGAAUUCAUACUGGUGAGAAGCCCUAUGAGUGCAAGGAAUGUGGCAAAGCCUUUAGUAGUGGCUCAGCACUUACUAAUCAUCAGAGGAUCCACACUGGUGAGAAACCCUAUGAUUGUAAGGAAUGUGGGAAGGCCUUUACUCAGAGUUCACAACUUCGUCAACAUCAGAGAAUUCAUGCAGGCGAGAAACCCUUUGAAUGUCUUGAAUGUGGGAAGGCAUUUACUCAGAACUCACAGCUUUUUCAACAUCAGAGAAUUCAUACAGAUGAAAAACCAUAUGAAUGUAAUGAAUGUGGAAAGGCCUUUAAUAAAUGUUCAAAUCUUACUCGACACCUAAGAAUUCAUACUGGUGAAAAGCCCUAUAACUGUAAGGAAUGUGGGAAGGCAUUUAGCAGUGGCUCAGAUCUCAUCCGUCAUCAGGGAAUUCAUACUAAUGAAUAAUAAUUAUUAAAAAAAACUUCACUUUCGUAAUACUUUAAAUAAAAUUCAUGUUUGAUAGUUACCCUCUUCAUUAUUUUUAUUUUAUAUUUAAGUUUUUAGUUCAGAUGAAUUUCACUCAGUUAUGAAUUCAGAGCCUGAAUUGACACCUUUCCCCUCAGUCCUGUACCAAUGCAAAUUGUUCAAUAAUUCUUUUCUUUUCUAUUUUUUGGAUCUGCCUACAUGAUGAUAUGUUAUAUUCUUGUGUAUAUUUGCUUGAGUUUUUAUGAUUAUCUUUUCUGAUCAGUGUAUUUGUGAUUACACCAAUACCACAGUUAAAAUUGUGACCUUUAAUAUUUAAAAAUUCCUUGUGGAAUUAUAACUUUGUUUUUGAAGUGAGUGACAAUCUUUUUCUUCCAUUUUACAAAUUUGGAUUUGUUG